GGAGAGAGGAGGGAAGGAAGAAGCCAGGAGCGGAGAGGGGGACGCGGGGUCCGCCGGAGCCAGGAGGAAACACGCCGCCGCCGCCGCCGCCGCGAGCAGGAAGUCUGAGUGGGAGCGCGGCAGAGAGAAGAGAGGGGGAAAGAGGAAGCGGCAGCGGCAGAAGAGAAAGCAAAAGCUCCCCGUGCCGCCGGCUGCUCCAUCGUCCGCCUGCCUGCGCUGGACUCGGCAUCUCCGGCUCCUGCCCGGGCGGGAACGCUGCGCCGCCGCCGCUGCCAUGGCCCGGGAGAACGGGGAGGGCAGCGCCUCCUGGAAGAAGCAAGCCGAGGACAUCAAGAAGAUCUUCGAGUUCAAGGAGACCCUGGGAACGGGUGCGUUUUCUGAAGUAGUUUUGGCCGAAGAGAGGGCUAGUGGAAAACUCUUUGCAGUCAAGUGCAUCCCCAAGAAAGCACUGAAGGGGAAGGAAAGCAGCAUAGAGAAUGAAAUCGCAGUCCUGAGAAAAAUAAAACAUGAAAAUAUAGUUGCACUGGAAGACAUAUAUGAGAGUCCAAACCACUUGUACCUGGUCAUGCAACUAGUGUCUGGAGGCGAGCUUUUCGACCGCAUAGUAGAGAAAGGAUUUUACACCGAGAAGGAUGCAAGCACUCUGAUACGGCAGGUCCUAGAUGCUGUCUACUAUCUGCACAGAAUGGGCAUUGUGCAUCGAGAUCUCAAGCCUGAGAACCUGCUGUACUACAGCCAGGAUGAAGAAUCCAAAAUCAUGAUCAGUGACUUCGGAUUGUCAAAGAUGGAGGAUAAAGGAGACGUCAUGUCCACAGCAUGUGGAACCCCAGGAUAUGUUGCUCCUGAAGUGCUGGCCCAGAAACCCUACAGCAAAGCAGUGGAUUGUUGGUCCAUUGGGGUAAUUGCAUACAUUUUGCUCUGUGGAUAUCCUCCAUUUUAUGAUGAAAAUGACUCCAAGCUCUUUGAGCAGAUUCUUAAGGCGGAAUAUGAAUUUGACUCUCCAUAUUGGGAUGACAUCUCAGACUCUGCUAAAGAUUUUAUUCGGAACUUGAUGGAGAAAGACCCUAACAAAAGAUAUACCUGUGAGCAAGCAGCCCGGCACCCAUGGAUCGCAGGGGACACAGCCCUCAGCAAAAAUAUCCAUGAGUCCGUCAGUGCUCAGAUCCGAAAGAACUUUGCAAAAAGCAAAUGGAGACAAGCGUUUAAUGCCACAGCAGUGGUGAGACAUAUGAGAAAGUUACAUCUUGGCAGUAGCUUGGACAGUUCAAAUGCAAGCGUGGCAAGCACCCUCAGCCUGGCCAAUCCACUUCCCGAUGGAACAACCAGGAAAGAUUGUAUGUCCCCAUCUGCUCUCUGUAGUUUUGUUUCAUCUGCUUCUUCGGGUAUUUCUGCAGUAGGAGGAGAACGGAGACCCAGGCCAACCACAGUAACAACAGUGCACACAGGGAGCAAGUGAUCGGCGGAGGAGGAUAGAGACGGGAAAGCCAUCGUGUCGAGCGUACCUACUCCGAGUGAUUUCAUCCUGCAUUGUGCACUCGGCGAAGGACUAGAAGAGAGAAGAUUUUUUUAUGGCCAUAUUUUAUACUGCAAUUCUGAAAUGUUUCAUUUAGCACAAACUGCAAUGACUCCAGGGGGAAUGGAUUUAACAGCCUCUGGUGCUGUAUAUAUGAGUCUAGCAAUGUUCUAACUAACAGACGCGCAUUCUUUUUCCCGGUGAUUUACUCUCUUCUUCUCAGUGUAGGUAACAGUAUAUGUUGUAUUUUUUUUCCAUUAACUAAAAAGGUCUCGGCUGGAUUAUUUAAAUAGAGAUAAUUUUUGAGAAAUAGACUUUUUUUUCUUCUUUUAGCAAGUACUUCCAGUUGCAUCCCUCCUUCCAGUUUGCUGAGGGAUAGGUUACUUCUGUCGGUAGAGAUUUGCAUUGACCUUCCAAAACAGGAGGGUUCCAAAGGCUUGCAUGCCAUUUUUAAGUCCUAAAAUUGGACUGUAAACCUGUCCGGAUCUAGCAGUGCCAUUACACUAAAACAACCUGCUUUCCCUCUCUUCCUCCUUCUUGGAAACAAUGGUGAGAGUUGAUUGAAAACAACCCAUCAUGACGUGCUGUGAACCUGCAACAUUAAUUGACUUUGACGGGAGUGGCAAAGUUCUCAGCCAGGAGCAGUCCUUAGUUCAGCAAGCACGUGAAAAAUGAUAUAAUGCUUCAUCCUGCAGCUCUUAUUCCUUUGCUAAACCCCUUGUGGUCCAUCAGUGAGGCCCCAUAACGAGGAGUCAGGAGAGCCUGGGUUCUAUUCCCAUCUCUGCCACUGACUCGCUGCUUGAGCUUUGGACAAGUCACUGCCCAGGGUCAAAAAUUUCAAAUGUGGCCUCUGAUUUUGAGUACCUCCAGUUUGGGGCCUGCUAAUUGAGAGCUGGUGAGCACUGCAACCCACUGACCUCAGCUGAAGUUAUUGGUGGCUCAGAGUUAUGCGCCAGGUGUCCCAAGCCGGGCACCAAAAAUAAGAAAGCAUUUUUUUAAAGCUUUGGCCCUAAAAAAAAGCUGUGCCUCAGUUUCCCCAUCCGUAAAGUGGUGAUAACGAUACACACUGCAAUGUGGACACAGCCUGCCUUUCACUGUGGCGUGUGAGCUGCCUGUACCCUAUACACCACCACAAGCAUAGAAAAGGUCAAAAACAGGCCCUGUCCUGGAACAGAAGAGACAGCAGUGUUCAGAGCUCACCGCACUUACGAACCUUGUGAGACGUGUCCAGAUCUCUACAAGUCAUUCCCAGCUUUGAUUUUUCUUCUUGGAGGAGAAAAGGUAGAAGGGGAGUUCAUGAGAAUCAGGCACAUUUAAACUAUUACUAGCUCCCUACACCCAAAGACAGCCAUCUUCACAGGCAGGCAGGAAUCAUUUUUCCUUAAACGAUUCUGUUGCCACAUCCACAUCAGUUAUUGUCUUUAAAGAAUUAGAUGAACCAGUCACAGACACACCUGAAUGUAUACGGCUGUAGUGAACAUGCUACGAAAAGCCAUGACAUUUACAUUUCGUUGGGAUUUCAAAGAUGUAAGGUGAAAUCCUGCCCCUGUUGAAGUCAGUGAGAGUUUGGCCAUUAACUUCAGAGGAGCCAGGAUUUCAAGAAAACCAGGUGGUACACAGUGCUAGCUCUUUACAAAGAUGUCAUUGCAUUAGAUGUCAUUGCACUGCUCAUAAAGAUAUUACAUAUAAUAGAUCUCGGUUGAGUCAGUAUUAAUCUGUGCACCAUUUUUAGUCUGGAGAUUUGGAGUAUGAUUUAACCAGUUUCCUCCAAGUUCCCAACAACCCUAUAUCAUAUUGUGCCUAUCACAGACAUUCAAACUAUAAUGAUUUAAUGUGAACUCCAUAAAACACUAGUGUGCAUCUGACUUUCCACUGUGAAUAUCUGACACUCCAAUAUAUCACCUUGUAAAACCUCAUAGAUACAUCCAGUCUCUGACAUAAUGAUCCAGAUCCCCAGCUAAUGUAAAGUGGCGUCAUUCCAGUGAAGUCAGUUGAACUACUCUGAUUUUCACCAGCUGAGGAUCUGGACUAACAUGUGAUAGUGACAUACCACAGCACUGAUAUGCACACUCAGUUUUUAAUAGAGUAAUUGCUCUUCAAAGAGGUUAUUUGGCUCCAUUCUCAAAGCAAAAUCAAAAAUCCACAGCCAUUAACUUCUAAGAAACAUGUUAAAAUGCCUGAUACUGGUCUCAUUGAAGUCAGCGGUAAAAUUCCCGUUGGCUUCAGUGAUGCAGAAUCCUGCCCCAGAUUUGGUAGACAGGAACAGCAGUCAAUGCUGGGGGACGUUGUUGAUCUGAACCCCUCUUAUCCAAAAUCCUACAUUAUCUAAAACUGGAGCGUGCCCCCUGACAUACAGGGUUUUUCAUUUAGGGCCUUAUUCAUAUUCAUACUAAGGUCUCUUGACAUCUCUCUGGCAGUGUAAAUGGGGGUUAAAGUGGCUAUUAAUGCAAUUUAUGCCCACUAUAAGACCUAUUUAUACUGCCAGACUGGUGUAAAGGGACCUUAAUUUAAAUCAUAAUAAGUCCCUAAAAGCCUUAAUUUAUCUCAAAACUUCAUCUUCCAAAUAAAUUCAGUUGGCCCAAUAAAUUCUGAUCUCAGUUGCACCUGUGUAAAUAUGAAGUAACUUGAUUUUGAGUCAGAGGAAUUACACCACAUUUAAACUGGUUUAACCCACAAUUUGGCCGAUGGCAUAUAAAAUGAAGCUCAGGCAGCCCCUAUUUGCAUUCUUUUCUAACAUCAUACUGAAGUUUCUGAUUUUGAUUUAAUUGCUUAUAACAAUAAUCAGAAUAUGGCCCGGUCCAAAUUUGUCUUGCAAAAGUAAAAUGUUUUCCUUCUGCAAAAUAAAGAGGAGUGACGUACAUAAAGGUGAGUCCAUUGCAAGAGUGCACUCCCUCAAUUGAUUUUUGGUCAAUUUUCUGCUCUGGUCCAGUAUGUCUACAAUACCUCCAUGCUGGAUGAGAAUAGUAUCACAUUUAGCUGUGGCUUUACAAUAGUUUCCAUUUCAUUCUAGACUGGAAAUUAGAUUUGCCUUAAUGUUGCUGGUAUUCCACAAGAAUUGGAUCAUUUUAUUAGCACUCUAUUAGUACCUUAAGAAAAGGAUCAGAAGACGUUAAAAGUAAAACGUUUCUUUCUGCCAGAAGGCGAGGAGAUGGAAAGCUUGUGUUUCUCAAGAACUGUGGCUGGGGAUCUGACAGGUAUUUGUGGUGAGGAGAGAGUGGAGAUUUUUACUGUCAUUGAUUCACUAAGGAUCUAUCCCCCUUCAGAGACAAAUCUUUUCAACUUACACCCAUGCACAGGUGUAACUCAGCAGAUUACACCCCAUCCUGGCCUGCCGGUUGAGUUCUAAACCAGUGUUAUGAAUGAGUGUAAAAACUAACAGUAUGUAACCCAUGCAGGUGGUGUGAGGUAUGAUAAGAAAGCACGGCUGGUUAUUUUCCAAGGGGCCAUCUCAGCAAACCAUUAGUGGUUCACUCAUUGCAUGUGGUUCACAUCUCGGAGACUUGCCCCGAGUUAUGCUUCUCUGAGUUAUGCUGCUCUUAGCUUUAUUUGUUUAAAUGGCACCACUGUGAUUUGUUAACUCUUUUUUUUUUCCUGGACUCCCUCCUUCUGGUCUUUGCUUGCAGCCUCGAUUGUUGAAUUGUUACCUCCAGAGUCACAGUUCUCAUCUGUGACACCAACACCAAUGUUCUUGUCAGGAAAACAUAAAACUAACCCAGCUAACACCAGUUGCCUGCAGGAGACUGGCGACUGUAGGCUGCCUGGGAACUUCCUGAGACUGAAUGUCAGUUCUGCAGCAGUGUUAAUGCCACACGCUGCUGAUUUUGCGGUUGACUCUUUAUUCCUAAAGACAAACUGGAUAUUGACCCUGCAGCACAGCUAGUGAGGAGGCAGGUGAAUGGGAAAAUACUGGCUGUGGCAACAUGAAACACACCCUCCCUGAUUAUGCUUUAGUUAUUUCUGGGCAGGUAACGUCUCUUCUGCAUUGAUCACUAUCAUGCAGGGGCCAUCAAACUAGUCAGUUCAGAAAAGCUUUAUUAUUUCACCUUCUUCUAGUUUGUCUGUUAGUAUAGUGGACUGAAAUUAAAAAAAACCCAAUAGUAGACACUGAUUCGCUGCUGAUAAGGAUUCAAUGAUCAUGUAAUGUGCAUUCUGUGGGGGAAGCGAUUUUUAGGUGGUUCUGAAAACGGAAAUUAAAUGGGGACUUUUAACAUGGAAGCCAGCUUGAGGAAAGAGGAGGUGUAUCCUCUGAUCCAGGCGUUUCCUGGGUUUGCUCUGCUAUUGUUGACAACAGUUGUAUCUAUAACAAGUUUCUCUCCUUCACAGCCCUGCUUUAUUUUCCUCUCUUUCUGCCUGAUCCUUCAGUGACAGCAGAAUCCCAUGUUUAUGACAUCGCAGUCAGUUGCCCUGGUGGUCAUUGUAGUGUCACAAAUGAAGCAUUAGGAGACAAAUCUGGACAUCACCAUGAGAAGGGCCGUACAAGAACCUUGAUAAAAAACAUCAUGGCACUUUAGUGGCUCGGGCGUGUCCUGGGAAUCUCAGCACUGGGGUGAAACUCAUGGAGAAAGGAGUUUUACCCUUGCAAAUUGACAGCCUGGCAUUGGAUCAGUGUAAUCAUUGCCAUGCCCGCCACAGGUGACUGGUAUAUUCCUCCUCCAUAGAAGAGAGUUGUAGAUGAGUUUCAAUGGCUUAGCCUGACUUCUCCCCUAACCCACCCCUGCCUACCAAAGCCUUUGCAAACUAUGGCGCAGGGUUGUGUGUUGCACAAGGGGUCUGGUAUAUCACAGAAUCACACCCUUCCCACUGAAUCAGGGCCUUCCAUGCCUGCAGGGAGGGCAUUGGGGGUGUGUAUCCUGCACUGCAGGAUGAAGCAGGAAGGGCAGAUGAGCCAUAAGGAAACAAGCCCUUGUUCGAGCCCAAAUCGCUUUAGUCAUUAGCAAGCAGUGAGAACAUUCUGAAUGGGGAAGCGGAUCUGUAUUUGUCAGAUUCAGUGAAACCUGUGCUAACAUUUCCACCCCCACUAACCAACAACUUCUGUCUUGAGCAGAGUUGGGCAAAUACUGCAAAACACUGGGCUGAAUUUACAAACAGAAUUUAGACUUCUGUGUGUGUUCUCUGCAGAUAUUCCGGGAAUCAAUUUACUGGCGAGACUGCGCAGCGAGAGACCAUGGAACCCCAGUUCAGCAAGGUACAGAAACACAUGCCUAACUUUAAGCACUUUUGACUCCCAUUUGACUUUAAUGGGAUUCAUCACAUGCUUAAAGUUAGGCAUGUGCAUAAGAACCUUCUGAAUUAGGGCUUCAAAGUGUUGUUUCUGCAGAUACAUCAGUUCAAUGGCACAAUUCAUGUUCUUCAAGUUGCGCACAUGCUUAAGUACCUUGCUGAAUUGGGCCUAAAUAAAUACCAGAGAAUAUUCAUGGAAAGGGAAUUUUGCUUUCAUUAUCAUGACCAUUUGAACCAGAAACCUGAUUCUAAGAAAUAUGCUCAUCCACUCAAAGAACAGAAACCUAUCCUGUGACUUGUGCGUCUAAUCAAAACAGUAUAAAAAUCAGAUGCAACAGAACGCUCGCUAAUGCAAAGUAUUGUCCAACCAGUAAUUUCAAGUAACAGAUAUAUGAGGGAAUUGCAAUCUGCUCAUAGAUAUUUGGUGAACCAAAAUUCAUUUGGUAAAUUAUUCAAUAGAAGAUUAUUCACCCAGCAGUAGUUGUAUGUGAUCCCUGUAAAUUAUCCCAAAUUUCCAGUACAGUCGUAUUUUACCCUGAGAUUCAUGUCUACUAGACAAUUUCUUUAUUGUGUGUGCAAUAUUCCCUUGGUGUGAUUACUUAUUUUAUACAGAUUUUGCGGAUAUUUAAAAGUUUGCCCCAAGACACAAAUUCCUGUUCUGGCUUCACUUAGGAUUGUAUCCAUAUAAACUACAUUUGUAAUUAAGCAUAGGAGCGUCUUAAUCUCAGAUGUUAUUUUUCAGGACUCCACCUAACAAAACAGCUGAUCAGUGCAUUGAUCUUUGGUUUCUAUUAGCACAGUCAGAUUCACAGUGCCUACAUUUUUCCAUGACAGAGAGGGAAAACAGGGCAUGUGUGCGCUGAGUGUCAUGAAAAUCACUGCUAAACUCACAAUGACAUGAAAAUGUCCAAUUGAUGCAUGAUACUGCACUGCAUGUAUUAAAUUGUACUAUUUCUACAUUUCCCAAGCCUUUGCUGUAAACACAUCUUGGACCCAGUCCCCUGGGGUUUCUUUUAAGUUUGGUUUUGAAAUGACUAUAUGUAUCUGUAACUCGAAAUCCAUCGUUACCUAGCGCUAACUGCAAAAGCUGACGUUUUGUGAACAAAACACUGCAAAGCCUGAGAAUGUAUUUUGUCCUUUUACUAAAUGCUGUGCAGUUUUUAAGGGAAGAUCUCUGUCUAGAGGGGCUUCAUUCUAUGCACCUGUCAGUUACACCUGUCUUGGUUCAGGGAAAUCAAACUGUUUGUUUUGUUUUCACGUAUCCUUAAAAACAAUUAUCUACAACUAAAAUCCCUUGUACUGGAUCUACUGCACAGCGAGGGCUGCCAAGCAAACAUGUUAGUUAUAUCUAUGUCUCUGCGCUUUAAGAUAACAGCAAAACUUAGACUGGAAUGUAGGCUCAGUCGAUUUAUAUUUCCCCCCCUUUUCCUGAGAAGCCCUUGGGCUUUGGCUUUUGCAGAUCUGUUGCAGAACACUGUUGCUGUGGACCGAGCCAGCUGCUGAAUAUCUUAAAGUCAUGUUGUUCCCAAAGCAUCAAGUGUCAGAACUUUGUGUUUUCAGUUGCAUUUAACCCAUUGCGCUCCAUGCAUUCAAGUCUGUAUUUAUCAACAGAAGACUUCAACCCUAUUUUCUGUACUACCUGGAAAUGAUUGUAGUCUUCUCUUCUGCUGAUCGAUCUCUGCAAAUCAUUUUGACUUGUGAUUUCUUUUUCUGAGGCUGGACAAGAGAGAGGAGGUCACCCGGAGCUCUCAGUAUCAAUGCUGGAACCCCACUCAACUAAUCAGCUGAGAGCGCAAUUUGCCUAAUUGCUCAGUGUUUGCUGUUUAUAUUACAGAAGAGUCGGACGUUACUGAAAGCUCAAAAUCCACAAAGGGAGGCAGCUGAGAGCUAGGAAAUUGCUUGCCAGUAGGAAGAUGGGUUCAGUCAUUCAUUCACAAUCAAUUUCCCUGGAAGCAGCAUGCUUGGCAGUGGAAUUUCAGCAAAAGUAAGGCCAGGGUGAUGUAGGGAGUGAGUUUAAAACCUUCUAGCUGUUUUGAGAGUCCCAGGUGGGACUUUCUUCUACCCUUGCAGCCCUGCACAGUUGCUCUUCCCACUGGCUGACAGGGUACAGGGAGGGGUGAAGGGGAAUGGUUAUGCUAUGGCCUUGCCCUCCGCAUUAGCCCACAAAGCAGAUUCAGCAAAGAACUCCAAGCACAUCAGUCUCACUGGAGUCAACAGAAUUUGUGUUCCCUAAAGGUAAGCAUGUGCUUACGUGCUUUGUGGAAUCAGGGCCCAAGGGAGACAGAAGUGCUGCUGUGCUGUGCACACAGAGGAAGUCCUCAGUCAGAAUCCCUCCCGCAUCACCCUCUACACCCACCAAGCAUAGCCUGGGGUCGCAAGGGCUGAAUCUUGCCCUAGGUGAGAAAGCCAGGUCAGUAUUUACCACCUCUUUAUUCAUGCCCAGCUUCUGCAGCCCUGACAUCCCACAGACUUGAGUAGAAUAUCGAACCAGUUAAUUAGUGGGUGAGUUAUUAGGUGAUUCGUGUUUCCGCUCAUCCAGGCCAGUGACGUUUCUCUCUGAGUCUUUGCUUCUGGGUGGGAAGCAGCAUUUCUGCAUUUUAUUUAUUUUUAACAUUUGGCUUGGGACAAAAAAAGCCCAGCCUGCCCAGAGGGAAAUUUGGGAAGGGUUCCCGAAAUAGCACUCGACUGCAAAACAUCUCUUGGUUUAUUUUUACAAAGAUGCGAGCAUGUUUUAUUAACAAAAAGAGGGGAAAAAAAGCUUACAAUUUUAAUCCAGGAAUGUCAGUGUGCCUAAUAUUACAGGUCUUGUGAUUGAUACAAUUUCAUAACAACAUCCUUGUCCAAAUGAAGGGAAAUAGUGUAUUUACUCCAUGCAUGUACUAAGGCAUUGCAAAAAGUUUAACCUGCGUAAUGGGUUUGCGAACCUGCAAAUUGUUAAUGGGGCUACGUCGCAAAUGAUUCUCUGCCUUGACAAUCAUGUAUACAUAUCGAGAUUUCUAUCAUAAUGAUAAGUGAAAGGGAUGAUUAAUUGUUUUCCUCCAAUAAAUCCAAUUAAAUCAC